CCUUCACCGCGCUGUAAAUUUUCAAAAUAUUCUGCAGCAAAAAGUUCCUUUCGCUGGGUUAAUUUCUCCAAUCAGUAUAAAAAAGUAACCAUCACCGUAUGUGUACAUUUGGCACAUGCGUCCCAAUGGCUGCUUCAUUGCUGUGUGUGUUAAAGUAGAGGAAAAUAAGGCAAACGGUUAUCUCCCCGAGUGGACUUCCUCCCUUGAGCACUCUGCCUUUAUCUUUCACACUCCAUUUUGAUAAAUCAUCGCUUGCCUUUUUUGGGGCGUUCACAUCGACGGAUGUGCCGCUAAGCAUAAACGAUCACGCGCGUUAGUACCCACUUCGUCAGUGCCGAAUUGACGACUACGCAUUAUUUGCUGCCAGUUGAGCGAGGGGGGCCUGCGACCAAAAAGGCAACCUCUUAAAGAACACCGCUGCCCAUCAAAAUGAUGCUCGAGAACGCAAAGGAAAUGGCCAUAAAUGAGGACGUCGAAAAGGAGAUAUACGAAUGCUUCUCCCUGUUCGAUACAAACAAAUGCGGCUACAUCGACAUCCGCGAAUUUUACUUCGCCCUUAAGUCGCUUGGCCUCAAUUUCAAAAAAGAGGAAGUGAAGAAUCUCUUCCUCCAAGUGAAGAAAAACAUCGACGAUAAAUUAAAUUUCGAUGAGUUUUUCGAAAUCGCGACGAAACAUAUUCAUAAGAGAUACAAUGAGGAGGAAAUGGACCACAUGUUUGCGCUCUUCGACCCGAAUGACACAGGAAAAAUAACGCUAACUUCUUUGCGAAAAGUUUGUGCCGAAAUAGGGGAACACAUCGACGACGCGGAACUGAACCACAUGAUCGAGUUUGCCGACAGAAACAACGACAAGGUUAUCGACAAGGAGGAAUUCAAGAGAGUGCUUCUAAGCGCGUGGAAAAACGACCCGCUAAGUGACGUAGACUCGGAUUAGCAUCCCCCCACAGGAGUGCACGCUGAUUGUGAAGCUAGCCAAGCGUCGCAGCGGCGGGA